CUUUUGAUUGUUUGAUGAUUUUAUUUUUUGUUUCGUUUUAAAUUAAUUUCGAAACCAUUCAUUGAUUUUUCUGUUUGUUAUUACUUACUUAUUUUUAUUAAAGUGUUUAUAACAUAAUUUUUUUCUUUAUUUGUAAAUGCCUUUGCAUUGUACAAAAAUUCUAUGGCUAACGAGGAUAGAUUCUUCGUUGAAAAGGUUGCAUUUUGUUCGCUUCUAUGUGCUGGAUUUGCUUAUGCCGGCUAUAGUAUUGUCACUAAAGUAUACUGUAAGAAAUCUAAAAAGAAAGACUCCAAGCUCUGUCAAACUAACACAUUAAGACUCAGUAAGACGGAAGGAACUCAAACUGAAGAAAUAAUGAAAAUCAAAUCAUUGAUUGAUGAGUGUUGUGUCUCACCCAAAAGUGUAAGAGAAAGAGUGAAUGAUUUGAAUACGACUGAACGUUUACGGAAAAACAGUAUUCCUGUUUCACCAGAAAUUAAACCUCAUAGUUUUCACGGCAGCCCUUGGAGUUCCCCUUUGGGAUGUGCCAAGUAUUUAAGUGUGUCAUGUGAAAAUAUAAGUACAAGACAAUGCCCUUCUCCUGAUUUUAAAGAGAAAAGCAAACUUGCUGCUUCCCAAGGUGCUCUUGAUGUUGAACUUCAAGCUAAAUUAUCAAAAUUGCAGUUGAGUGAGAGCAUUUCUCAGCAAAUGUUACCCUUCCAAGAAGAUGCCAUCACUAUGAAAUGUUUAAGCAAUUUACAAAAGGCUCCUGGAACAAUGACAACUUUUGAAGUAAAAAAUCUGGUUUGUUUGUUGAGAUCCAUGAAUGAGGAUAUCUUACUUAAAGCUCUGUAUACUAUUUCAAACUGUGCAGCUUUUACAAAAAAUCAGGAGCUGCUCUGUGAGUCUGAAUGCCCUAAGAAACUGAAAGAUUUAUUGUUGAUUCAGUCUGAAGCUAUCAAAAUUGCUACAACUCAAGCUGUUUCUAAUUUAUCUGUGAUAGACAAGAGUCAUCGAUAUUUUCAGUUUCACAUUCCAAUUUUGCUGAAUAAUGCCAUAAAUGGACGAGAGUUGCUGAAAUCUCUCUCUCUGACUGCAUUAGCCAACUUGGCCCUGGAUCCUGCUUCCCACAAGGUUAUUCUGAAAUAUGUCCAUCAUGUAUCCCUCAUGGUACGGAAUGGCACAACAGUAGUGCAGCUACAAGCUCUUAGGCUUCUAGUCAAUUUGUCCUGCAACAAAGACAUCAUUCCUUUGUUGCUCAUGACUGAGGUACCUUCUGACAUGCUGGACAUGCUCAGAAAGCCAUAUGAAAGAGAACUGGUUCUUAGGCUUCUAACUUUCCUGGCUAAUAUUGCAACUUUUGCUACUCAUUUUGUUGAUGGAUCUUCAAAACCCACACUUUUAUCAGUUCUUUAUCACUUCAGCAAAAGGACAGAUCUUUCGGAAUUGACUGCAUUAAUCAAUGAUCCAGAUGAGGAUUUAAGUUUGCAGGCAAAGCGUUUGCAUGAUGCAUUAAUAGGAAUUUCAUAGAAAAAUGUUCUUUUAUUAUUUAUUUUAGUACCAUUUUAUAUGUUAUUUUGUUAUAUGUAUUAAAAUGAUAUUUAUUGUAGCUCUGAAAUUUGACAUAUUGCUGUCAUAACAGCAUAUGAAAAUUUUUUCUUUAGUCUUUCCUUGUUGGAUGUAAUACAGAAAAAAUUUUUGUAGUUAAAUCAGGAAAAUAUGAUAGUUUGUAUUCUGAUCACUGUUUGAGUAGUCAAAUGUUAAAGAAGUAUUUAUAGAUAGAGAAAAAAUUUUCAUUUCAUUUUACAUAAAUUUCCUGUUGGAAUUGUUAAAAUUUUCUAGUCAGUGUUUAUUAUAUUUUACCUGCUGCUUAUUAUAUUUUAUGACUUUUUUCACUUCAUUUAAUUCAAAGCCAAUAUGAAUGUAGAAGAAAUUAUUUUCUUAAUUGUACUUUUCUAGUUUUUAGUAUAUUGUGAUUAAUUAUACAUUGUCUGUUUUUAUUGCAUUGAAUUAUGCAUUGUCUGUUUUUGCUGCAAUGAAUUAUGCAUCGUCUGUUUUAAAUAUACAUCAAUGCAAUUUGAUUUUAUGCAGCUGUAUUUGGUUCAAAACCUAUUAGAAAAUAGAUAAUGUCAGAAUGUUAAUAUUUCAGAGUAUAUAGAUGUUUCUGAUAUAAAAUAACUCCUAACUGGAUCCUAAAGGAUAAAUCACGAGACAGCCUUUAUAUCUAAAGUAGGUUCAUUACUUAACUUUGAAAUCUUAGAUAUGCCUUAAUUACCCAAAUGUGAUACCUUUUUAGUAAAUCUUUAAAUUAUAAAAGAAUGAACUGAAGUUUGAUAUUUAUUUACAUAAGAAAUGCGUAGAAAAUUAUUUUCUAUGUUAAUUGUCCUAAUUUUCCUUCCUUUUCAGAGAAAAAUGUUUAAAAAUAUGAAUGGCAGGAAAAAAUUAAAUCGAAAUCCCAUGUCAGACUUGAAUUUAUUUAAUGCCUAAUGUUCGUUGUUGGUUUCAGUUUGGAGGAUUUGGAUUUUCAUAUUCCUUUAAUUUCAAAAUAACUGCAAGUAGUCUUUAUAUAAAAAAAAUUUGUUUUGUACUCAACUAAGAUUUUUAGUUCACAAUUUAUGAUUAUGUUUACUAGUUUUGAAUUGUUCAUCCAAUGCAUAAUUUUGUCUUCUUUACCAUCUAUUAUUUUUUUUAAAUCAUUUGUAUGUCUCAAUUAUUAUUGUUUUUUUUGGGGGGGGAGCGAGGGACUAUGAUCCAAAAGCAUAUAUAUAUAUAUAUAUA